GUUGGCAGUGAGGUAGGAGCUCUGAAUUUGCAAGUUUGUGCUCUGUUUAAAGAGCUUCAAGAAGCCCAUGAGAAGUUAAAAGAAGCAGAAUUGAUUCAGAAGAAGCUUCAAGAAAAGUGCCAAGUCCUGGAAAGAAGAAGCUCAGCUGCUGCAUCAGAAUUGGAGGAGAAACAGCAGCUAAUAUACACCAUCAAGAAGCUGGAACUUCAGGUGGAGAGCAUGCAGGCAGAGGUCAAGCUGGAACAAGCCAAGACACAUGAAGAAAAGGCAAGAUAUAGUAGCUUGCAGGAUGCAUGCAGCAAGCUCCUUUCACAACUCACUGAGGCAAUGAAAACAAUCGAUGAAAUGAAACUCAAAGAGCUGGACAGAGUGGAUAAAGUUGUGGUGGAACAACUGAAUGCAAAGGUGGAGCUGGCAGAACAAGCACUUGCUGCAAAGCAGCUCCAGAUAGAUGAAAUGAAGCAGAAAAUUGCUAAGCAAGAGGAGGACCUUGAAACCAUGGCUGUGCUCCGUGCUCAGAUGGAAGUUUAUCGUUCUGAUUUCCAUGCUGAGAGAGCAGCAAGAGAGAAGAUCCAUGAGGAGAAGGAGCAGUUGGCUGUCCAGCUGGCAUACCUGCUAAAAGAGCAGGAAAACCUUGAAGAUCUUGACCGAAAAACUUUGGCAGAGAUGCAGAAUCGCCACGGAGCCAGGAUACCAGGUCGGGAACACUCACCUCUCCUUGUCCAAAGAGGAACUGGUAGUCAAGACUGGCCAGAGCAGCAGAAUAUCUCAAUAUAUUCAUGUCCCAAAUGUGAAGAAAUUCUGCCUGAUUUGGACACACUGCAGAUUCAUGUUAUGGACUGCAUUAAUUGA